UCCAUUAUCUAUCAUACAGCAUUAUUGUGUUAUUCCAUCAUCUAUCAUACCGUAUUAUUGUAUUAUUACAUCAUCUAUCAUACAGUAUUAUUGUAUUAUUCCAUUAUCUAUCAUACAGCAUUAUUGUGUUAUUGCAUCAUCUAUCAUACCGUAUUAUUGUAUUAUUACAUCAUCUAUCAUACAGCAUUAUUGUAUUAUUCCAUUAUCUAUCAUACAGCAUUAUUGUGUUAUUCCAUCAUCUAUCAUACCGUAUUAUUGUAUUAUUCCAUCAUCUAUCAUACAGUAUUAUUGUAUUAUUCCAUCAUCUAUCAUACAGCAUUAUUGUGUUAUUCCAUCAUCUAUCAUACAGCAUUAUUGUGU